AUGGAAGUUCUCACUGCUAUUGCUGGAAAAAUAGCAGAGUUAACUGUGAUACCCAUUGGUAGGCAAGUGGGAUAUUUAUUAUCUUACAAAGGAAAUUACAAGGAGCUGGAGGAUAAAAUUGAGGAGUUGAGGUCAACAAAACUUCGCAUAGAGCAUCGUGUUGACGAAGAAAGAAGGAAUGGAAAAGAGAUUGAAGUUGAUGUAGUAAGUUGGCAAGAAAGAGUUGAUGAGACCUUGAAAGAAGUCGAGAAGCUUCGUGAAGAUCAAACUCAUACUAGUGUACGGUGUUGGAAAUUGUCUUUUCCUAAUUUGAUAUCACGACAUCAAGUUGGUAGAAAAGCAAAGAAAAUGACAUUCACCAUUGCUGAACUGAAGGAAAAGGGGACGUUUGAUCGUGGAAUUGGGCAUGUUCCUGCUCCUGGCAAAGGAAGCUUAAUUUUUGCUACUCCAGGCAAUGAAAAGCUUGACUCAAGAAACUCAGUGAAGGAGCAGGUUAUUUUGGCUCUAACCGAUCCAAAAGUAAGCAAAGUUGGAAUUUAUGGGUGGGGUGGAGUGGGGAAGACCACUCUGGCUAAAGAAGUUGCCAAACAUGUUAAGGAUGACAGGCUGUUUGAUGUGGUGGCUAUGGCAACUGUAUCCCAAACUUUGGAUGUUGAAAGAGUUCAAGAUGAGAUUGCAUAUCAAUUAGGCUUCCACUUGGAUGAGAAGACCUCCAUUGGAAGAGCUGACCGUCUCUGUGCAAGGAUCAAAAUGGAGAAAAAUAUCCUUAUCAUACUCGAUGACUUGUGGGAGAAAAUUGAUUUGGGCAAGUUGGGAAUUCCCUCUGAGCAAGAUCUUAAGGGUGAAAAACUUUCAUUGACUUCUAAACGUUCAGAUAUGCCACAGAAGAAUGAGACUUAUCAGGGUUCCAAAUUAUUGCUGACUUCUAGACGUUUAGAUAUUUUACGGAAGAAUGAGACUCAAAAGAACUUUUUUGUUGAGGCACUGAAUAAUACUGAAUCAUGGAGUUUGUUUGAAGAUAUGGUUGGUGAUACUAUUAAAGAUGGUGAAUUGAAGGAGAUAGCAACUCAAGUGGUUGAAAGAUGUGCAGGUCUGCCUGUUAUGAUAGUCUCAAUUGCAAAGUCAUUAAAAUAUAACAAGAAUAUUCAUUAUUGGAAAGAUGCCUUGAACAACUUAAAGAGAGUUGAUAAAGGGGACAUGUAUGGGACUGUUUUUUCAGCUUUUGAAUUUACUUACAAUCGAUUGGAAGAUGAUGGAGUGAAGAAAGUAUUCUUGCUUUGUGGUGUACAUGGACCAUCCGUGUCAGUUAGUGACUUGUUGAAAUAUGUAAUCGGUUUGGGUGUUUUGAAGAACAUAGAUACCCUUGAAGAGGCAAGAAACCGACUACAUAAAAUAAUUGAUGACUUGAAGGCAUCUUGUUUGUUACUUGAGGAUGAUGCAAGUGAGACCAAUGUGAUUAAAAUGCAUGACCUUGUUAGCGAAGUAGCUGUUUCAAUUGCUUAUAAGAAUGAACAUGUUUUUGUGCUGAGAAAUGACAGGAUGCAAGAUUGGCCAAGCAAGGGAUUUCUUGAAAGGUGUACUCAAAUAAUCUUAGAAAAUUAUUUUAUCCAAGAGCUUCCUCAAAAGUUAGAGUGCCCUAAUUUGAAGUUUUUUCACUUACAAUGCACUGAUAAUUGCACUCUGGAAAUUCCAGACUCCUUUUUUGAGGGAAUGAGGAGCCUUGAAGCAUUAAAUUUGACAGGCUUGGUGAUGUCUUCACUGCCUAUAUCUCUUCUUUCCUUGACCAAACUUAAAACAUUAUGUUUGGAUCAAUGCACUCUAAAACAUAUGGCCGGAAUAGGUGACUUGAUAAAUUUAGAAGUUCUUAGUCUCAUUUAUUCAUUCAUAAAGGAGUUGCCCAGUGAAAUGGGACAAUUGACUCACAUAAAAAUGUUGGAUUUGACAAAUUCUAGAAUUGAGACCAUCCCACCCAAUAUUUUGUCUAAGUUGACUAAAAUAGAGGAACUCUAUAUGGGCAACGCCUCAAUUAAGUGGGAGGAGGAAAGUUCAACUAAACAAAAAAGUGCUAGUCUUGUUGAGCUUAGGUGUUUGACAAGUUUGACAGCUUUAGAAAUUCAAAUUCGUGAAUUUUGGAUGUUGUCGAGGGACAUGAUAUUUGACAAGUUGGAGAGAUAUAAGGUUGUCAUUGGAGAUAAAUGGGAAUGGUCAAGCAACAAAAGGAUCUCAAGGUUGCUAAAGCUAAAGCUUGACACUAGCAUUCAUUUAGAACAUGGAAUUAAAGCAUUGAUUAAACGAGCAGAAGAUUUGUACCUAGAUGAAGUCAAAGGAAUUUCGGAUGUGCUUUUUAAUUUGAAUGGCGAAGGAUUUCCUCUACUAAAGCAUCUCCAUAUCCAAAAUAAUGGCCAACUUCAACAUAUUAUCAACACAACAAAGAGGGAUGAAACUCAUGUUUUAUUUCCAGAAUUGGAGACGUUGAUAGUUCACAAUCUCAAAAACUUAAUGAAGAUAUGUCAUGGCCCACUUCCUGUUAAUUCCUUUGGCAAAGUAACAGUCAUCAAAGUUCAAAGUUGUGAUCAACUGACAUUUCUCCUCUCUGUUAUAAUGGUGAAAGCACUUUCUCAACUUAUUGAGCUCCAAGUUUCGAAAUGUAGUUCAAUGAAGAGGAUUGUGUUAAUUGAAAAUGAAGAUGGUGGAAUAACUAGUGAUAACAAGAUUGAGUUUCAUUCACUACACUCUUUGAGUCUCUGUCAUUUACCAGUCAUUCAUAAUUUCUGCUCAGAGGACUUGACAUCUUUUAUGACAGCGACAUCAUUGUUUGAUGGCAUUAAGGUUAGUUUUUCUAGUUUGGAGACCCUGAAGUUGAGUUCAAUCAAAAUGGAAAAAAUUUGGGAUGAUGAUGACCUUUCUGCAGUGAAUUGCGUUCACAAUUUGGCUAACUUGAUAGUUGAGGAUUGCAGAGGCCUCAAGUAUCUAUUCUCAUCUUCUGUGAUUGGAAGUCUUUUAAAACUUAAACACCUUGAAAUAAGCAAAUGUGAGAUGAUGGAGGAGAUCAUUGCUCCGAGCGGCAUUAUUUCACAAGAGGUCGGGUUCUCAAAAUUGGAGACGAUGGUAGUCAAAGACAUGGAGAGCUUGAAGAAAGUAUGGCACUUUCAAUUUGAAAGGUUAAAGAGUUUGGAGGUGAGCAAUUGUGGGAAACUUGCGAAUAUUUUCCCAUCUGGUAUGCAGGGAACGUUUGGAAGCCUUGAGACAUUGAAUGUCAGCAAUUGUGGUUCAGUGGAAGAGAUAUUCGAACUAAGUGUCAAAGAAAUCCGUAAGGAAGACGAAAUCAUGACACAAGUCUCACAAUUGAAGAAACUCCAUCUGUUUUACUUGCCAAAGCUGAAGCAGAUUUGGAAUAGAGAUGCUGAAGCAAACCUCCGUUUCCAUAAUUUGCAACUUGUGUGUGUUGAAGACUGUGAGACCAUGGAAUACCUCUUUCCACUCUCCAUUGCAAUGCAAGCUACUCGACUUGAACGUAUUACCAUAAAGUAUGCAGGGAGGAUGAAAGUAAUUGUUUCAGGCAAAGAAGGCCUCAUGGACAGUCCUAUUAAAUUUGAGUUUAACCACUUGACCUCAUUGGUGCUUUGGAAUUUAUAUGAACUGGAGGGAUUUUUUGCUGGAAAUCAUGGUGUACUAUGUCCAGUAUUAAGGGAAUUAGAUGUCCGCCUUUGUGUGAAAUUGAAGCUCUUCAAGACUCAAAGUACAAGUGGCCAAGAAAGACUUUUUGAUAGUGAACUCCACAUCUCAAUGCAGCAGUCUCUUUUCACAUUUGAAGAGGUAUAA